AUGUCUGGACUUCAUCCGUUAGAUUUUCGUCUAAUGGCUAUGUCUCAGUUUCAGAUUUUGACAAUGUUGUGUCAAACAGCGGCAUCGACUAUUAGUAGUGAUCUCAGUCAAUUUCUUACACAACAAAUCAUUACGAAUCAAGCUCUAUCACUUCAAGUAUUCAAGGCUCAAGUUAUAGCACUUGUCGAACAAAUGCAAGCUACAACAUUAGCGAAUGUAAAAUACAUCGAUCAGCUUGUGUCCCAGGUUAUUCUCAACAGUCAAAUUAUGUCAGCUUUGAAUACUAAUAGUUACCUCAUUGCGAAUCCAGUAGUAUCAAAUUACUACAUUCAACACGGGCAAUAUUAUGUUGGAGAUUAUACUGCCAGUGAUGCCCUCAAUGUAAAUAAUACCGCUUGCAGUUGUACGCACAAGUCGAGCUGUGCUUUUCAAGCUGGUUUGUACAACUAUUCCAUUCGUCCUGCAAGCAAUGAAAUAAGCCUGUAUCACCCUUCGCCACCACCUAUGUUUAUCGUGCCUGGUAUGAUGGUAGGAUGUCUGCCUCAUGAUUCAAUGCUUCAAUCGACACUGGAGUGUUUUUAUAAUCGUUCAUGUCUCGAUCUCAUUGGUAUCUCGCAAGCAAUCAUCCCACUCAAUGCGACUGUUUCGUCUCGCUUUCAAGUCAAUACAACCGUAAAUACUAUGUUCGAACAACUCUUCGUGGAAACAUGGCAAAAUUCGAGUAAUUUCAUCUAUUAUUAUAAUGCAUGCCAUCCGGAAGCAUGCUCCUACACCUAUACACAGCGUGGUAAUUUUCUUUAUACAAUGACGAUGUUGUUUAGUCUCAUCGGAGGUCUCACAACAAUACUCGGUAUACUUGUUCCUCUUCUCGUACAAUUCUUUCGUCGUUUACUACUUAAAUGCCAAGGUGAAGCAAUUGCUACAAUAGAAAAUGAUCCUGCAGGUAGGCAACUUUUUUACUUUUCCUAA